CACGACAUCGCCAUGGCCAAAGCUAAAGCCUCAGCAAAGGCCGGCCAGAAAACCCUCGGCUCCUUCUUUGGAGGUGGGAAGCCUCCCAAGGACACGAAGAACGUGGAUGAAGAGCCCUCUGAUGAAGAAAUGGACGCUCCGAUCCAAGCCUCGAAAACCGAUGGCAAAGUCGACUCAUCCGACCUUCCGCCCAUGCAUGACAUCCCCGCCAUAUUUUCGGACCUCAUCUCGAGAAUACCAGAGAUCAAGCAGGUCGCUGAGCGUGUCGAAGGGAGAAAACUUCGCGUCGCGACCAUGUGUUCCGGUACCGAGUCACCUCUCCUUGCUCUCGACCUCAUAUGCCAGAACAUACGGGAGCAGUUUGGGAUUUCGCUUGAAGUUGAUCACGUCUUCUCCUGCGAGAUAGAACCUUUCAAACAAGCGUACAUUGAGCGAAAUUUCCAACCACCACUUCUCUUCCGCGACGUGUGCGAGCUAGGCGACGACGAAGCUACCACUGCGUACGGUGCUCUUGCACCUGUACCAGGUGAUGUCGACCUACUUGUCGCUGGUACCUCUUGCGUCGAUUACUCCAACCUCAACAACGAGAAGCAGGAUAUCGACGGCAAUGGCGAGUCUGGUCGGACUUUUAGAGGGAUGAUGUCCUGGGUGACGAACCAUCGUCCACCUCUUGUAAUACUGGAGAACGUCUGUUCGGCGCCCUGGGAGCGAGUCGUUCAGUACUUCGAGAAGAAAGGCUACUCGGCUACUUUCUCCCGCGUUGACACCAAACAUUACUAUAUUCCCCACACCCGAACUCGCGUUUAUCUGCUCGCAGUCGACUCAAGUAACGAGAAUCUCCCUCAGAAGUGGAAGGACUAUGUCACGGCGAAACUCAAGCGACACGCGUCGUCUACACUAGACGCUUUCCUGCUGCCUUCGGACGACCCUCGAAUUCAUCAAGCUCGGCAGAAGUUGGUCAAAGAGAGUUUCAAUGGUGCUGAGAGACGUACCGGGAGAACGGAUUGGGGUCGCUGUGAGUCAAGACAUCAGCGUGCCCGCUUGGAGGAGCUAUUAGGGCCUAAGCGUCCGCUCACCAACUGGGACGAGGGUGGUUCGUGUAAACUACCGGACUUUGCUUGGGGAGAUUGGGGCACUGGUCAGGUUGAGCGUGUAUGGGACUUGAUGGACAUCACGCUCUUGCGGUCCGCGCAAAAGGGGAUAGAUCCUUCUUACAAGACGUUGGUUUGGAACCUCUCGCAGAACGUCGAUCGUACGAUUGGUGCUGGCAAGACAGGCAUCUGUCCUUGUCUUACGCCUUCCAUGAUUCCUUACAUCACGAACCGUGGAGGACCCAUGGUGGGCUUGGAGGCUCUGUCUAUGCAAGGUUUGCCCAUCGACAAGCUCUUGUUAACGAGGGAAAGUGAAGACCAGCUUGCCGACCUCGCGGGCAAUGCCAUGUCUUCAACGGUUGUCGGCGCCUGCAUUCUUGCAGCCCUCGUUGUUGGGAAGAAUCUCCUCAAGACUGGAGACGACAGGCAGACGUACGAGAACAAGAAGAUGGAUAUUGAUGAUGAAGAGAACGCUCACUCAAUGGAUGUUGACGAGGAGCGAUCUCGUUCGCUAGCGGCUAACAUCAAUGGGGCCGAAGAUUUGACUGAGAAACCGCUGGACCUCUCCGCAACUGCCACUCUUUCGCUUGCGCAGCUGCUGGAGGAGGCAAGGAGCAGUGUCCGAUUGUGUCAGUGCGAGGGCCGCAAGGACAUCACGACUCGAGAGCUCAUGCUCUGCCAGGACUGUGGUUCCUCGUCGUGCACGAAAUGUGGUGGUCGUCCUGAGCACAACUUCCAGCCUUUAGACACUUCCGCAAACCCUCGGACGCCUCCUUCGAUCUUCGGUCGCAAGCUCAAGUCCUCGCUACCCAUGACGCUCUCGCUAUCCGGGUUCACUGAAGAGGCUCUUGAACAGGCCAAGCAAAAGGCUGACGCUUCUAUUCCCUCCAAGCGAUGGUCGAGCUGGCUUUCAGCGGUGCUGCGUUGCGCUGAGACCGAGCUUAGGUUCGUUGAGGCAAAGCGUCAGGAGAUAUGGAGUGUCAUCUACGAGUCACCCACCGCCUUCCUUGAACUCCAGCUCCACCCCCAGCAGACCGAAUGGCGUCUCUAUGCAAAGCCCGAACAGAGUCUUCCUGCGAAUUCGGAGCUUCGCAAGCUACUCCAAAUGCCUGUCGGACGGCUCACCUGCGACGAGGCGUUUCUCAAGGGUAAGUGGGAGUUUGCUCUCCCACACACCAGCGUGGUUCCCGUCACCAUCAAAGGCGUUGGUGAGCUGGUCGAUUCAUGGGAGGCUCGUCUCGGUCUUUUGGGUGACUUCAAGGACAAGAAGGUUUACUCUCAGGUUGAGAUUACUGCACCUUCGGAGGAAGUAUCGAAGUUCGACCGCGAUAUUUCAGGGAUCUUUACGCUCUUAGACAAGUGCGGUACUGCGAACGGUGCGCUCCACAAGAAAGCUGUCGUACCUAAAGACGGAAACUUGCCCCCGUUGUUCAUGCUGCUCGACCCUACUCGCACCGGCAACGCUGAUGGAGACUCGUUUGUGUUUUCCAUCAGUACAAGGAGAUACGAAUAUGGCGAAUACCGUCCUGUCAUCGCGAAGCUGGACCCAUCGUGGCGUCAGUCAGACACCGAAGAGACACAAGCGGUCGACUGUCACAUACCUAUUUUGUGGACUAUAUCUGAGAAUAUCCUGUUGAAACCGUCGAGCCCGCCUGAAGCAACGUUCUCAGUGCCGAGAGACACUUUGGACGUCAACGCGUCGACAGAAGCGUGCGAGAGUGCGCACGCGCUUCUUUCUUGUCGGCUUCCAUUCCAGUCACCACCAGGCGAGGAAUGGCCCCGUGGCGAAUGGCGAGAGGUCGACAAAGUCCACGAACGCGGUACCUUCAAGGCUCUUGCCUGGCUUUUGGAGCGCACCCGCGAUGUACAGGAUCAGUUCACCGACUGGCAGCAUGCGGAAGUGCCUCAUGACCUAGAGAACUGCCCUCGCUGUGCGCCGCAGUCUCCGACUGUUAAGUGGAAGAUCAAGGGCAAGAAAGUCUCCGCUAUCGAAGACUCGAGGGAAGCCGGCAGAUAUGAGCGCGAUCUCAAGCGCCGUCCGAGCCCCUUUGUAACCCGCCUGAAGUUUGAGAACGAUAUCGGGACGGUGCAAGUUGGUCUCAACAUCCCAUCUCUCCUUCAUCGAGCCCUGUCGCGACUGCCCCAGGAGAAUCGGACAGAGAAGCCGCUGCUCACCUGGCGCCUUGAUACCGACUUCGCUCCUGCGGUGAAGAUCAGCUUGCCCGUCUUCAACCUUCUUAGCAACAAGAAGGAUACGGAACACAAGCAACCGCCGAAUUUCAAGACGCCUCUUCGCCCCGAGCAACUUCGCUCUCUAGAAUGGAUGCUCCGGCAAGAGGCGGCGGACGUUGAGCCUUUCAUCGAGGAGGAGAUCUCUGAGGCCAUUUUGGAGCCUCUCGGAUGGAGAGCCGAAGGCCGUGCUCAACGCCCUGUCCGCAUCCGCGGAGGCGUCCUGGCAGACCAAGUCGGAUAUGGGAAGACGGCUAUCACCCUCGGCCUCAUCGAUUGUGCAUCCAAGAGCGUCAGAGAAGAAUUCGAGGCGCGUGACGAGAUGAAGGGCAAGGUGCCCGUUAAGGCGACGCUUGUCAUUGUCCCACCACACUUGACGAGACAGUGGCAGUCCGAGACACAGAAGUUCGCUCCGAAGAGGUUUAGGAAGACGGUUGUGAUCUCCACUGCUGCGCAGAUCAACUCCAUGACGGUCAAGGAGGUCCAAGAAGCCGACCUUGUUAUCGUCGCUUCCAACCUCUUCAAGAGCGAUGUCUAUCUUGCGAACCUUGAGGCUUUUGCUGCGGGUGGUUCUCUUCCCUCUCAAGACGGUCGUUAUUUCGAGGCACGCUUGGACUUGAGCUUGCAGUCGUUGAAGCAGCAAGUCGACUUGCUCCAGGAUGAAGGAGGUGCAGCUGUCAUGAAGGCGAUCAAGGAGGCUCGACGAGCUGAACAAGAACUUGAGGCCCAGAUUUUCCUCGCGCCGAAGCGUCUCAAGGGCAAAACUUAUCGUGAUGCCGCAACCGAGGCGGAGAAGAAGAACGUAGUACCCAAGGACGAGAAGAAGGUUGCUACUCAAAAGGCCGCUGCGGACACGGAGGAUGAAGACCAAGGCGAGCAGACGCGCUAUCCCGCCAAGAGGACGCCGUCUGGUAUGAUGCCAGAGGUUUUCAUAUCGAAGCGUACCUCGAGUUCUAAAGUCUCUUCAUCAGCGGGUGCUGGUCGCAAGAACAGUGCCGGCGGUAACAAGCGAGCACGUCGCGCGAGCACAAAAGUCAAGCCCAUCAUCAUUUCUGAUGACGAAGACGAGGCCGCGGGUCAGUCUAGUGAUUUCGAGAUGGACAGCGAGGACGACAUCAAGCCGAAGAAGGGCAGCCGGCCGAGCUCUCGAGGCAAAACGACAGCACCUCCCACUUCUGAGUCGGACUUCGAGGUCUCUUCAGAAGAGGACGACAGCGAUGGCGAGGACGACUUCGUGGUGUCGUCGGACGACGGGGACGACAGCAGUAAGAAGAAGCUGAAGAAGCCUGCCGCGAAGCCCCAGCGCAAGGCCCCAGUCAAGAAGGGCAAGGGCAAGGUCAAGGUCAAAGCUUCGCAAUCGAGCGAUGACGAGCGGGAGUCCUCAGACGCGAUGGACGUCGACGACGGUGCCGUAUCCUCUCCUUCCUCGUCGGGCGCGCCGUCCAAGAAGCGCAAGGCGACCAAGGCGAAGGAGGCACCAGCCAAGAAACGCAAGCUCCGUGAAGACACCGACCCGUGGCACCUCGAGUCUGCUGCCGUCAAGAAGGACUGGACGCAGACGCGCUCGCCGCCACUGGAAGUCUUCCACUUUGCCCGUGUCGUGGUUGACGAGUACACGUAUCUGGAGGGCAAGGUCCACAGUAUGGCGACUCGGUUGACUGCAGAUCGUCGUUGGGUGCUCUCCGGCACGCCGCCCAUCCAUGACUUCGGCUCAGUGAAGACGAUUGCUGCGCAUCUCAAUCUUCACCUCGGUAUUGAUGACGACGAUGAGGGACAGUCGGCUCUGAUAAAGAAGCGGAAGAGGGAACAAACUGAUAGUGAACGUUUCCACUCGUUCCGUGAGGUCCAUAGUCAAGAGUGGCAUGCACACCGGCACCAGCUGGGUCAGACCUUUUUGAACUCUUUCGUUCGUCAGAACAUUGCCGAAAUCGACGAAAUUCCCUGCUCAGACGAGAUCCGCAAGGUCGUCCUUCCAGCUGCUGAACGUGCCAUUUACCUCGAGCUCGAGCAUCAUCUUCGUGCGCUCGACAUGACCAUCAAGCGCGGUCGCAAAACUGAGAGCGAUCGAGAGAAGCGGCUUGCAACGGCCCUGGGCGAGAGCAAGUCUGCAGAAGAGGCGCUGCUCAAGCGGUGCUCCCACUUCGACCUCGACACCAGCGACAAGGAGAAUGCUAUGAAAGCUUGUGAGGUCAUCGUCGCCGAGCGUACGAAGCAGAUGGAGGACUGUAAAGCGGAGCUGGAGAAAGCCCUCGUCAAAGCAGUCGCCCAGGAGAAGAAGAUCGGCAAGGUCCCCGACGAGUCGAUGUUCCAGGAGUACUCUCGUGUGUGCCGAGUCGAAGGCGUCGGAGACCAGGAGGCUGCGGAGACUGUCAAGGAGCUCCUUGACGAAGCCAACGUCCCGGUCACCUCGGCUCCCAAGAACAAGAAGAGGGACGAGAUCAAGCUCUCGGAGAAGAUGAAGGAAGCGAUCUGGGAGCACCGUGAGCAUACGCACGAGAUCCGCAGGCUGACCAAGGAGCUCGUCGGCCGUGUACGCUCGCUGCGGUACUUCACCGUCGUCCGUGAUCUCCAGAAGCAGCGCGACGUCCCGCCUGUUGUCGACUGCCCCUCUUGCGGUCGCAAGGAGCUGCCCAUGGACGAGGUCGCCGUUUUGUCUUCGUGUGGACACACCGGUUGCAUUACCUGCGUCAGAAAGUGCGCCGACAUGGAGGAAUGCGUUUAUGCCGCGUCGGGCAUCUGCAAGGCUGCAGCUCGGUCCCUCAAUAUUGUCAAAGGCGACACGCUCGGUGUCGACGAUGUGGAGCGGGACGGGCGCGGAAAGCACUUCGGUAUGAAGCUGGAGAAGGUCAUCCAACUGAUCAAACACGAAAUUCCUUCAGAUUCUCGCGUGCUUUUCUUCGUUCAGUUCCCGGACUUGAUGAAGAAAGUGGCUGAGGCACUGAAGGAAAACGGCGUUAGCUUCCUGGAGAUCCGAGGUUCUGCAUCGCAGCGCAGCAAGAGUCUUGAACAGUUCCAGAAUGACAGCAAAGAGCGUAUCCUGCUCUUGACCGUCACCGACGAGAGUGCCAGCGGCGCCAACUUGACUUCCGCCAACCACGCCAUCUUCCUUUCUCCCCUACUCACGGACACACAACAAGACUACGAUGCUUAUGAAACGCAGGCUAUCGGCCGUCUGAGACGGUAUGGACAGCUCAAACACGUUACUAUCUGGAGGUUCUUCACUACGGAUACCAUCGAUGAGGAGAUUUAUUUCCAAAGGACUGGGGAAAAGAUUUAGUAUCAUUCAUUAUGCUAUCUGCGCACGCUGCUUGCUUUCUGUAUGUUAUGCCUAAUCUAAUAUGUAGCCAAUCAGCUUUGUAUCAGCAUAUACCUGCU